AUGGAAUCCACAAAGAACAAUGACGCCAAGAAAAAUGCAAUACGAGCGCAAAAACCACUACGAGUGAACACAAAAAUAACGCAACUAAUAAACCACGAAAGCGCUACCGGGAAUAACAGCAUUCCAAGUAGCAUUUCUCCCACCUUUCGUCGAACAAUAUUACCAAACCAGCGUCAGUCAUGGGUAUUUAAUAAACCCCCACCAAUACCAGAAACUCCUAGUGUAGUUCUUCCGACUCCUAUACUAGACAAAAAUGGACUUUCUGCCAGAUCGAGACUGUCUAUAAUAAUGCAAAAGGGACCAGGUGAUAAACGUAUCUCUAAUGGUAAUAGUGAGGUGCCUAAAAGCCUUGAGGAAUUAUUUAGACGACCUGAUAAUAGUAAUGAGGUUGAUAAUAACAAUAAUCAGUUCUCUGAUGGUUAUCGUUCAGUUGAACCAAUAUCAAUUUUAAAAAGACCACUUUCACAUGCUUCUACAUCCACAACACAAGAUAGUGACUACGACACACUAUCAGAUUCUAUAUACACAAGCAAUCGUGAUAGUAUUACAACAGAUAGCACUUCAACGUUGAGCUCAUCUCCCAUUCAGAAUGAUCAUAUAAUCAGCGAACAGAUAAAUGUUUCACGUCAUAUCUCUUUUCAGCCCCUAUCAUUAAUAAAGGAAGAUAAUAAUCGUCGUCCUCAUCGAUAUUCAAUACCUCCUUCGAGUUCAGGUUCACCAAAUAAUAUCAAGAAUUCACGUAAUACUGUAUUGACAUCGCGUCGAGCCUCAGUGCCCCUUUAUACAAGUCUUGAAAAUGUAUCAGAAAAUCCUUUUUCUGAUGGUUCUGAAAAUAUGCCGUUGACCCCCAUAACACCCUUUACUGUAUUCGAAGAAGAUGAAUAUGAAGAAUAUGAGGCCAAUUAUGGCGGUGAUGAACCAAAAAAAGAAGAACAAAUGCAACAAUCGAAAAAUUCUGAUCCUAAUUCGAAUCAUCCACGACGCGAUUCAUCAUAUUGUACUGAUGAAAAUGAUGCUCUUAAUUUACUUUUGCUACGAUCUUCAAUAUCUUCUGCUAAAUCAGCAUCAAUGCUUAAUGCACAGCUGAAGAGUAGAGGCUCAGUUCGUCUAAGAAUGAAUUUGAUGAUGCAAAAACGGCAUAAUAUCGCGUGGGAGAUAUUAACCACCGAACGACAUUAUGUUGAUUGUCUUUUGCUCAUACAACGACUUUUUCUAAAACCUCUCCUUCAGUCGCUUUCCACCGCAAAUCCAAUAUUAACAAAAAAAUCCAUCAAUAAGAUCUUUGCAAAUUUAUUGGAUCUUGUAAGCUUGAAUACUGAAUUAUUAAGAAGAUUAGAGGACAGAAUUAUGGGUGGUUCGCAAGAAAGUACUAUUGAUGAUGAUAUUACUUGGAAUCCCGAGAUUGGAUGUGUGGGAGAUAUAUUUCUCGAUAUGGGUCCAUUUUUUAAAAUGUAUUCGUUAUAUGUGAAAAAUUUCAAUUCGGCGCUUGCUGCUAUUGAUGUGCAAUUACGCGAAAACCCGACAUUUUCGUCAUUUUUACGGGAUGUAAUUAAAACCGGCCAAUGUAAAGGCUUAACACUACAAGCAUAUCUAAUAAUGCCAGUACAACGUAUCCCGCGUUACAAAAUGCUACUCGAAGAUUUACUUAAAAAAACCGACGAAAAUCAUCUGGACUACCUAAACCUCAAAAAAGCAUAUCAAGUUAUUGAACACGUUGCCACUUUUGUCAACGAGACCAUACGACAACACGAGAUGUUCAUCACAAUGCUUGAGAUCCAGAAAUCGCUGACCGGGUUCGAUGAGGUUUUAUUGGUGCCUGCUCGGACUUUCAUCAAAAGAGGGACUAUUAAGAAGAUUUGUCGUCGGAAUCAUCAAGAUCGCGAGUUUUUUUUGUUUUCGGAUAUUUUGAUAUAUGCUAGCCCUGGUAUAAUUGAAAACCUUUAUACUUUUCAUCGAAAAAUUGAUCUGGAAGAUGUGACAGUAAUUUCCUUGGAAGAUACAGCCACUAUGAAACACAGCUUUCAAAUAAUGAGUCCGAAAAAAAGUUUCACACUCUAUACUGACACAUUAAAAGAAAAAGAAGCUUGGAUAAAUGCCAUUCGUGAAACUAAAAAUGAAUACCUUUGUGCGAAAAGAACUUUAAAAAUUGCGGAAGAUAAUAUAUCAAUGGACCGAAAAGACACUUUUAAAAGAAAACGAUUAGUUGAGAAUUACCACGCGCCUGUUUGGGUGCCCGAUACAUCUGCUGAUCGUUGCAUGAACUGUUUGGACGAGUUCACUAUUUUUCGAAGGAAACAUCAUUGUCGUGCUUGUGGAAAAAUUAUAUGUCAUGCUUGCUCGACUAGAAAUUUUGUUAUACCUGGCUCCAGUGAACAAGAGGAUCAAAUUGUGCGUGCUUGUGAUCCUUGUUUUUUCACUAUGUUCCCUGACGCAAUACGGGACGAAGAUAUUGCACCUGGAGUUCAAGUUUGGAAUCAUAAAUCAUCAUCAUUAUCGGCAAAUAAUUCCGAAAAUAAGGAAAACGAUUCCAUUAGUUCAAAGCGUUCGAUAGAGGACUCUAGCUUCAGUUCUAGUUCAUUAGUUCCUAAUGUCCGAGAUUUAAAUCUAUUCACGAUGCGAUUGUGGCAAAGCAAUGCGAGUUAUGUAAAGUGGAUUUUAGUGUAUUCAGAUGGCGGAAUGUUUGCUUUAGAUGCAAAAAAAUUGAAACCAAUUGAUCUUACUCUAUUACCCGAGAAAUUCUUUUUGGAACUAUUGGCUGAACAGACUCAGCAUCAACAAGAAUAUUCAAAUCCGCGUGAUAGCCUUGCUAACUGUUCUAUUCGACUAUGUGACGUUUGUUUUCUGGGAAUUGAACCGAAUCGAGUUAUUGUGAAUGAAGAAGGUGGCGGUUGGAUG